AGAUAAAARGGGGACCAGGGCCAGCUGGAAGUUGCUGAAAGCUGCUGGGACCGGGAGCGAGGGAGGACGGCAGCGAGGAGAAGGCCGGGGGCCAGGAUGGGGCUGCUGAUGCUGGCCCUGGCCACCUGGCUGGGGCUGGGGCUGGCCUCGGCCUCUGAGGAGRUGGCCAACAGCAGCCGGAUCUGCCAGGAGGCACCGGCAUGGACCAUCAAUGGCUCGAGCCCCAUGGAGGGGGCGGCAGGGCAGGUGACGGUGGUGGCCCUGCUGAAGGCCAGCUGACARUUCUGCCUGAGGCAGGCCCACAGCCUCGGGGGCCUGCGGGAGCGGCUGGCCCGGCAGGGCACGGCCGAUGUCCGCUACAUGAUCGUCAAUGAGAAGGCGCCGCUGUCCCGCGCCAUGCUCCCGGAGCUGCAGCGCCAUGCCCCGCCCGGCGUCCCCGUCUUCCAGCCCGAGCAGGAGGACCCUGACGUCUGGCAGGUCCUGGGGGGUGACAAGGACGAUUUCCUUGUUUAUGACCGGUGCGGCCGCCUGGCUUUCCACAUCCAGCUGCCCUUCAGCUUCCUGCACUUCCCCUAUGUGGAGUCAGCCAUCCGCUCCAGCCUCGUCAAGGACUUCUGUGGCAACUGCUCCCUCUACCCCAACACCACCCGGGAGGCUAACAGUACCAUGGAGGGCCCUGUAACCCCGAGCUCACUUCCUGAACAUGAGGGGAUGGAGUCAGAGACCCCCAUCCACCAGCACAAGCCCCUCCAUCCUCACCACCAUCACGAGGUCAACAGCGAGAGAGACACAAACCCGAGUGAGGACCACAAGCCCGUCACCCAUGCCCACCACCACCACCACGGAGACCACGGCCAGCUCCACCACAAGGGGAAGAAGCAGAAAGAGGGGGAUGAGCACUAAGCCAGGCUGGGCAGUCUUGCAGAACCCAGUAGUGUGAAGACCACCCUAUCUCACUUCACAGAGGCAUGGAAGGACUUGCUUUGGGCUGCUGGUCACCAGCAGUGCUGGUUUAACAACUCCCUCCAGGAUCCGCCAUGUGGGCUGCGCUCCUGUGCUGUGAUCGGGAUGGAAAUUCCCCUUGGACCCUGCUCAGUGCUGCAUUUUCAGCCCCAGGGCUCAGUUCUGAGCCUUCCUCUGCCUCUGCCURCCUUUCUGUGCUCAAUGAAGCCUGCCGUGCAAACCAGGAGGUCCCUGGUCACUGCUGGCUGACACUGCACAGAGCAGCAGGGCGGGAGUGGAGGGGCCAGAGCUGGGAUGAGAGCAGCACUGUCGGCACCCUCUGCCCAUCCUGACAUUCAUGGGUGUCCUGGAAUCCCUGGGUUUCCUGGCCAGGGAGCGAGGGGAGGGACCGCGUGUGCCCUGCAGGACGUGGUCCCAGGGAACUGAGGUGGGAUGUCGCAGCUCCCAUGGUCCAAAGCCUGUACCCCCAGAGCUGUCAGAUCCUGGGCGCCCCCCAGACCGUGCACACGGGUAUGUGCAGUGGUGGUGGGUGGCCGCAAGAUGGUGACCUUGUCCCCUCUUGGAGACCCAGGGGCUGUAUCCAGUGAGCGCAGGCGGGGGACAGGGUGAGGAUCCUGGGGUACCUGCUGGGGGAAGUGAGGUGGGAGGGCAGUGUGGUUAUCCGGAGUACGAAUAAAACCUCUGUGAAGUGA